GACUGCAGAUACCUACCUACUACUUAUUUAGUUUUUUUUUGUUUAGUUUUACUGUAGGAAAAUUAAUUAUUACUAAGUAAGUAGCUAACAGUACACCUUGUGACGCCUUAUAAUUAAUUUGACACUUAUUUACGAUAUCUGCAUAAUACUAAAAAUGUUUAGCUCGAUUAAAUUAUACUUUUCGUGCACGCGCGGCUGUUAAAUAAGUUAAAGCCCGAUAAAUAACAACAGUUCUAUCUUUUCAACGGUGUAAUGAGAUAAUAAAGUUAUUAAUAAAUACGUACCAACAACGUAAAAUAAUAGUCUGCAUACCAAGGAAUUUAGUUCUAUGCCGUAGUUAAUUUGAGCAACAGCGCACUUUUUUAUUUUGCUAUAAACAAAAACAAUGGCUACACUAAUGAAAUGGAAAAAGAUCUCAUUGUUGACCUUGAGUGGGCCUUCGAAAUUUAAGUACAACUCGCCCAGGUAUAGUACAAUAAGAAAAGAAAAUUAUGACAUUGUUGUUAUUGGAGGUGGUAUAGUGGGAUCAGCGUCUGCCAGAGAACUAGUAUAUAGACAUCCACAAUUGAAAAUAGCUUUAGUUGAAAAAGAAGAUCGAUUUGCUUACCAUCAAAGUGGAAAUAACAGUGGCGUUAUUCAUGCUGGCAUUUAUUAUAAACCAGGGACAUUGAAAGCUAAAUUAUGUGUGAAAGGCCUAAAUUUGUCUUACAAAUAUUUAGAUGAAAAAGGCAUAAAAUAUUCCAAGUGUGGAAAACUGAUUGUAGCUACUGAUAGAUCUGAAGUUCCCAGAUUAUUAGAUUUAUAUGAUCGUGGGAUAAAGAAUGGAGUUAAAGAUUUAACAAUUUUAGAUGCAAAGGAAUUGCGUGAAGUUGAACCAAAUUGUAAGGGUGUCCAGGCACUGUGGUCACCAAACACUGGCAUUGUGAAUUGGGGUGAGGUCACCAGAUCUUAUGUAGAAGAUUUCAAAGAUAAAGGUGGCAAAGCUUACUUGAAUUAUGAAGUGAAUAAAUUUGCUGAAGCAGAAAGUGCAGAUUACCCUGUUAUGAUAAUAAACAGUAAAGGAGACACUGUCCAUGCAAAAUAUGUUCUUACAUGCUGUGGGCUUCAUUCUGAUACUAUUGCAACUUUGACUGGCUGCCCGGAGGAGCCAAAAAUUAUACCUUUUAGAGGAGAAUAUUUAUAUGUUGUACAGAACAAAAGUAAUAUAGCAAAAGCCAAUAUUUAUCCAGUACCAGAUCCAAGAUUCCCAUUUUUGGGUGUUCAUGUGACCCCUAGAAUAGAUGGCCGUGUUAUUGUUGGUCCAAAUGCUAUUUUAGCAUUUUGUAAAGAAGGAUAUAGAUGGAAUGAUAUCAACACUACAGAACUGAGAGAGAUAUGCGGUUUUUCUGGUUUCCGGAAAAUGGCAUUAAAAUAUGCAGGAUUUGGGUUCAAGGAAAUGAUACGAUCAGCUAUAACACCACUACAAGUAAUGCAGAUACAGAGGUAUAUUGAAAAUUUAUCUGUAGCAGAUGUGGAGAAAGGACCCGCAGGAGUCAGGGCACAGGCAAUGACAAAAGAUGGUACAUUGGUAGAAGACUUUGUAUUUGAUUCCAACCCAUCCUCGGGUGCUAUCGGAAGUCGAGUGCUGCACUGCCGUAAUGCACCUUCACCAGGUGCUACAUCAUCAUUGGCUAUUGCAGAGAUGAUUGCUGAUAAAAUGAAAGAACAAUUUAAGUUCUAGCUAGUCAGAUAAGUGAUUGUUAAUUCCUUAUAUUUGUAUUAUACAAAUUUUAUUUAAAAAUAAGGUUAUUUUAGAUCGAUUUAUAUUUUUUUAAUUAUUAUACAAUUAUGUUUUAUACACUCAGAAUUGUACAUUCUUUUAUGUGAUGAAAUAUCAUAUUUUUAAUUGUAGAUUGACAGUAAACUAUGUAUGAACACAUACACUGGGUCAGAUAGAAAAGUUUUACCAUUUCACCCAUUAUACUUAUUGAAAGUAGUAUAGGUACAGUCAAAAGCAUAUCAAGUUACCAAAAUUUGCCCCUAUUACAACAUUGUAGAGUUCCGUGUGUAUUUGAUUGUACUUUUCUCGUCAAGAGGUCAUGAUUUUGUGAUAUAUAAAAUCAGUCACAAUCAACAGAAGGUGCUUCAAUGAAAGUCAUUAUUUUAUUUGUAGUAUUAAGAUAACUGACACAACACCCUUGUUUGAAGUGGUCUUGUGGCAAAUUAUUAACUUGUUAAAGUUAAGUUUUUAAGAAAACAAAGUUAAUAUUUUACUGUAAGCUAAAUAGGAAAUGUUGCAAAAUUAUUUUUCUAUAAAUUUAUUGUAUUAUUUUUUAUGUAUUGAUAAUAAAAAUAAAUAGUAUAUUUUUGAGGCAUAAAUAAAUAAAAACAAUAUUUUAAUAUUCAUACAUUUAAAAAAACUUAAAAACAUAUGUAAGUGGAAGUCAAUUAUUUACAACUUAUAAUUCUUUUUAUUUUACAAAAACUUCAAGUUUAAAUAUGAUUUUCUUUAUUUGUCCAAACUUGAUGCCAACAAUCAUAAUUGUUACACAUGUGACCAUCAGUUCCCAGCCAUGAUUAUCAUUUCUCAAUAGUAACUCCAUGCUUUGAUAUUGUAAUGAAGUGCGAGUGAAGGUCAUACACUGUUGUACAGUGGUAUAGUAUAUUACUAACCACAACUAUGUAUUCAGAGAAUGCAAAGAUCGAGUAUACUGAAAGAAAAAUAAAACACAAAUAAUAUCAGUUGACCAGAUUAAAUAUUGUAGUAUUGAUAUAUAUUUUUAUAGAAAUAAAUUUUGUUGUGGAUGUUUUGACUAUAAGUACAUAGAUAAAGUAAGAUCAAUGAUAUAACUUGCACCUAUGUAACUAAUAUGUUUAUGAAUGUAUGCCUUAAACCACUGAAUAGAUUUCACUGAAAUUUGGAAUAUAAGCAUGUUCUACAAGGAUUUUGGUAGGGUUAUCAAAACACAUUAUAUGUUUAUUUGAAUAGUUAAUACUGUUUGUUUAUUAAAAUUUAAAGCCAAUUGUUAAGUUUAUCUAAGUUUUUUCAUUUGUGUUUUGUACGAUCAAUGUCAUUGGUACAAUCUUUUUCUGUUUUAAAUUUUUUCCUAUAACUCUUUCUUACUUACUUACCAUAUGGUUCACAAAGACUGUUAUGUCUUAAAAAGAAAUAAGCUGCCAUUGUAAAUGUGCUGGCAUUGACUAAGAAGAGCCUCCAUUUCAGUUUUACAGAGUAUCUUUCCAAUAAUGUAAUGUUUGGCCUCCUUCUGCAUUUUGUUAGCAAAAUACAUAUAAAAACCAUAUAUAAUAAGGAAGCAGCUAUGAAAGUUUUGAAACAUACUUCAUGAUAUGCUGUAAAAAAAUAUUUUAUAAACUUUGUUGUUUUGGUAAAAAUCAUGUCACUGUAUGUGUAAAAAUAAUGAUAAAUAUUUGUAAAUAAAACAUAUUUGACUAAUGUUAUAACUUUUUCAAAAUAUAA